AAAAAUAAAAACAGCUGGCUGCUGUUACGCGAUACGAGAAGAGGAAGAGCCCUUACGAUUUUAUAUGGACUUUAAAGUUUAUUUUGGGUUUUAGCCAAUUUAAGUGAGAGAAAUGCUAAGAACUUUUGUGACUAGCGCUCUGCGCAGCGUUUGCCGCCAGUCGCCGGCUGCACCAUCGGUGAUUCCUCUGGUCCAUCGGACGCAACGUGCCAAUUUGGUGACUCUGGCCUGCCGCCCCAGUCUGCUGCCCGUUCCAUCGCUGUCGUCUCCUGCUACCCCACAGUUCCUCCAGCUGCCCGGAGGCCUGGCAGCCUCGGGAUCACCACCAAACACACGCAGCGUGACCAAGUUCUCGCUGAUCAAGGGAAAACGGAAGACCGCCAAGGCGGUACUGAAGCGUUUUAAGCGCCUGGACUGGGGCGCCUGGAUACGCACCCACUCCGGACGCCAGAAGAAGCUGUUCAAGAAAUCGUCAGCCCUGCGCCGCCGGCUCAAGCAGCACGUCUUCACCAACGCCACGCAGAGCUGGCUGCUGGACAAGAUGGUCACCAGCUUCUGGCGCCGCCCCAAGCACUACAUCAACGAUCCCUACAGGCCCUAUCACAGCCGCAACGAGUACUACGCCACCCAGUCGAAGACAUUUAAAGUCUAACCUUGUUGGACUUGUUGAUUAAAUGAUAAUACUUCAAUCUUUAAA